AUGCCUUUGGGAAUUUUAGAAGACACCAAACUGGAGAACGUUCCGGGUACUGCACCCUUGAACGAGUUUGGCCAGGACAACGCCUACUCAGGCAUCGACCCUGCUCUCCUGAAACAUGACCAGACGGGCAAAAUCGUGCUUGUCCCUCAACCAUCGGAUUCACCCAAUGAUCCCUACAAUUGGCCGCGAUUGAAGAAGGAGCUCUUCACUGUCGCGUUCGGCUGGGGUUGUGGUUGCACAGGAGCUGUCGGUCCCCUUCUAGGAGCAGCCUUCGUCCCUCUUGCUGAACAGUUUGGCGUCCCUCUUAACACUUUUGUCUCCGGUGUGCAAGGGAGUACAAUCGCCGCCGUUGCUGUGGGAAGUUUGUUGUUCAACUGUCUCGCAGUCAAGUAUGGCAAACGUCCAAUCUAUCUGAUUACGACCAUCGGAAUGAUGGUAGCAUGUUUCUGGGCUGCUGCGGCCAAAAGCUUCGCUUCAUUAGUAGCAGCGCGUGUCCUCAGUGGUUUAUGUAUGGGUCCGUUCGAGGCAUUAGUUCCGGCGUCUAUUGGAGAUGUCUGGUUUGUCCAUGAACGUGGUUUUCGUACAGCCAUUUUUAAUCUCGGGGUGCUAGGCGGUAUUAAUCUUGCGACUCCUAUAGCCGGAGCCGUCAUCCAGUAUGGGGAUUAUAAAAUCUGUCUGAACGGGAUGGGCGGUGCCUUUGCGUUAGCCCUCAUCAUGGUAUUCUUCUGGAUGCCAGAGACCGCAUACGUACGCACAGAUGCAUUGAGCAUUGAUGCCGGCUAUGACCUCAGCUCACUAGAAAACAAACCAAACGCCAAACACCUUGAAGCCUCAGGAAACCCAGUGUCAGCAUCAGAGAAUGAACCGCGCAUCUCAUACUUGCGUGAACUUCUCCCGUACAGCGGCUAUGUCAACCACAUUUCCUUCUGGAACACACUCAUCCGUCCUGCCUACCUCGUUGCUUCUCCCGCAGUUGUAUGGGCUGUCAUCCUCUUCACAACCUGUAUCUCGUGGCUAGUCCUUAUCUCGCUCACCAUCUCUCAAAUUUUCUCCGCCCCGCCAUACAGCUUUUCCGUCGGUGCAGUCGGCGCCACUAACGUCUCGUCCUUCGUCGCGUCUCUUAUCGGGACCCUCGUUGCAGGUCCCCUGGUCGACGGUGUUGCGAGCAGGCUCUCCAAAAUCAACCAAGGAAUUUUCGAACCCGAAUUCCGCCUUCCCGUCAUGGUUACUUACCUUUUCUUCACCGCAACCGGCUUCUUCGCUUGGGGCCAGUCCCUCUACGCCGUCGACCCCUGGCCGGUCCCUGUAAUCGUAUGUCUGGGCCUCAUCAACCUUGGCGUGCAACUUGGCACCACGGGGGUCGUAACGUACGUCGUCGACUGUCACCGUGAGAAAGCAAGCGAGGCUUUUGCGACGAUGAACUUUGUCAAAAACAUUUUUUCCUUCGGUCUGACCUUCUACGUUAAUGGGUGGAUCGAGACUCAGGGUGUCAGGAAUUGUUUCUUUACCAUUGGCGGUAUUACGAUUGGGGUUACUCUACUAACUGUGCCGAUGUAUAUCUGGGGGAAGAGGAGUCGGAGUUGGGUGCAUCGGCAUCGGAUUGCGGAGAGAUUGUAA